GUCAGUGCAGCCAGUUACAAGUUCGAAAUUCGUAUUUCAAAAUCUUUAAUAUUAAUUUAUAACUAAAGGAACUAUAUCAUUUAGCUAAUUUAAUUUUGAAUAAAGAAUUUUUUAUUCGCGAAAAAUUUACAAGUUCUUAUUUUGAAUUUACGGACAGUGUAAGUGAUGUGAUAAACUAAAUAGGUAUUAGAGUGAAGUAAACUUUUUAUUAGGAAGUUUAACGAAGUUUUUCAAGUUAGUCUGAAGAUUGACGAAAUACAGAAAUGUAAAUUCGUAACACCAUGGCGUCGCUACACAUCGCGUGGCGGUACAGUGGGCUGCAAAUAUUCCUGCUGAAAGUAGACACCAAAACCUGAAGAUGAUGUACCGGACCAGCUUCCUGGACUAAAAUGGAGUUCGCCUCUAUUUUCCCUACCAAUUUGGCGAUAGAGUUGAACGAGACGACGGUGGAAUACGACGAUGGUGAAGAGCCAGAUGCGGUAACGUUACUCUCCAUACUGCUUGUUGGUAUAUUUCUCUCGUUGCUUAUCUUCCUGAGUGUCGCUGGCAACAUUUUGGUGUGCAUCGCCAUAUACACAGAUCGAGGGUUGCGGCGUAUUGGCAACUUGUUCCUGGCAUCGCUUGCUAUUGCUGAUAUGUUAGUGGCCGCUGCAGUCAUGACUUUCGCUGGAGUCAAUGAUCUACUAGGGUAUUGGGUGUUCGGAGAGCAGUUUUGUGACACGUGGGUGGCCUGUGACGUCAUGUGUUCCACCGCUUCAAUACUCAACCUUUGCGCCAUAUCACUCGACAGAUACAUACAUAUCAAAGAUCCAUUGAGAUACGGUCGUUGGGUAACUCGAAGAGUGGCUAUAAUCACAAUUGCUAUGAUUUGGCUCCUCGCUGCGUUAGUCAGUUUCCUUCCCAUCUCACUUGGGCUCCAUCGGCCUGAUGAAGAGGCGUUAGCCACACAAAGACCACCGAGGUAUCCAACCUGCGCGCUGGUACUGACUCCAACCUAUGCGGUCGUCUCCAGCUGCAUAUCUUUUAUACUCCCAUGUAUUGUGAUGAUAAGUAUAUAUUGCAGGCUUUAUUGCUACGCUCAAAAACACGUGAAGUCUAUCCGUGCUGUUACCCGGACGGUGCAAAUGCCGGAUAAUCGGACGAAAUCAGUUCGUACCAGAGUACACACGCACGUCCACUCGUCUCCGUAUCACGUGUCCGAUCACAAAGCUGCCAUCACAGUCGGAAUUAUAAUGGGCGUAUUUCUGCUAUGUUGGGUGCCAUUCUUCUGUGUGAACAUCGUAGCUGCAUUCUGCAAGACUUGUAUACCAGAUCUUGCCUUUAAAAUUCUCACAUGGCUCGGGUAUUCAAAUUCCGCAUUCAACCCAAUUAUAUACUCGAUAUUCAACACGGAAUUUCGAGAAGCCUUCAAGAAGAUAUUAACUUCCAAGUACCCUCCAUGCUGCGGCUAUCAAACAGUAAGAGCGAACACUCCAACGAGAAACGAGAACUUUGUCACUGAUUAUGGCACGAAGACUUUAGUGGUCCGACGCAGCGGUUCCUUAGGAUUGUCCGGCAUCGAUCCUACUCCAAGGUCUUCAGCAGAAUCAGUGCGUCCACUCAGGGAUUACCACAUCUGACAAGAAGACGGGAGUAGCAACAACGGGCUACUCGAUAAAAGCGAUGUUGUUUGAAAUAGGUAUUAAGAUUGCGAAGAGCAAUAUUUGCAUCAAUUAUGAUGUAAAAUUUUAUGGAACUUGAAUAAUUGCUUGCUAUCUUUAAAUAUUUAAUGUAUUAAGAAAAAUUGUGUAGUUUGCAGUAAAUAUCAUACUUGAAGGAAACUAUAAGAAUAAAUAGACUGGUUGAGCUAACACUCAUAGUGCAUGCACGUGUGAAUGCAAUAUUACCGCCAAGGUGUACACUUACUU